UUUAUAGUGUGAUGCACUGACACUAGAGUGCAGACCAUUCAAACUUCGAACAUUGAACGGAGGUGCGAACUGCGAAGAUCAACGCGACUCGAUUUCACCAACUCCUGACUAAAUUUGUGGUUUUUUGCGGCUUUUCCUUCUCUAAACCUAGUGUGGAAAAAUAACAGUUGUUUCACUGACGCAGCAAGAGAAAGGAAGAGUGCCAUUUAAGGGUUUCCACAGAUGGUUGCAUAUUUCGUGGGCCACAUGAUAUUGUCUUCAAAGACAUGCCAUCAUCUUCUUCUGCCACGUACCAAACUGAUGAAAAGCUUUGUUGCUUGUUUCUUUCCCAUUCUUCAAGUUUGGGAAACAGAAAGCCAACAUGUUUUUUUUUCUUGUGGCCAAAUCUUUGUAUCUAAAUCAGAUGUCAUUCUGAAAAACCACACAUUAACAUGACACUUAAUACUCAGCAAGUGACCCUAAACAUGAUAUUUGCCUAGAUUGAUGCCAGCAAUCGAAUUGUAUUCAAGAAGAUUGCAACAUCCUUUGGGAAUAUGUGUGGAUUUGCGUUCUUUUCAUUUUGCCAAACUAAAAUACGUCUUAUGAAGCUAAUUGUGAAUACCAUAGUCACAGAAGCAGUCACUAAAACUUCUUGAGAUAGUUAUUAUGAGCACUCAAAGGUUUGCAAGGUUAAUAAACAUCUUCACAUGGUUCAAGUGGAUGCUUAUUGUGAUCAAGAACUCCAUAUGAUAUCCCCAAUUGUAUUAGUAGUCUAUCCAACCUUUUGGACUUGGAUUCUUUAGGGGCUAUACUUGAUUUUGGUAAAAAGCAUAGAAUCAUACUCAAAAGGUGAGUCCAUGAGUGGUAAACGCAGAAGGUAUGAAUCUUCAUGGGACAUGAAACAAGACAAAAUCCCUCCACCAGAAUCCAAUGAUUCUAGGAGGCCAUCUUGGGAAGGAAACAGAAAAGUGCCUAGAUAUGAUGACAUCAGCAGAGACAACAAACAUAGGACUUUUGAUGGUGAAUGGGGAAAACAACAUACCACAUACAGGGAUCGAAGCAGGAGUCCCAUUCAAAGUAGGAGCAGGAGUAGAGGCAGAGAGUGGGAAAGUAGGAGGAGCCCAUUUUAUGAUGAUAGACACAAAUCUAAUGACUAUGGAGAUGAUGUAAGAUACAAUUCAAGAGGUGAUAACAUGAAAGAAAGUUGGAGGCAUAGAUCUGAUCAUCUCUCUGGUGGUGGUUCCAGAUACAGCAGAUUCCCUCACCAUAAAGAUGAUAGAAAUCAUCAUCAUCAUGAUGAUGAUGAUGGUGAUGAUGACAGGUGUCGAUCAAAUCGAGUUACUAAAAUCCAAUGCAAGUUUUUUGCUGUGGGUAAAUGCUAUCGUGAUAAUUGUAAGUUUUCUCAUGAUGCUUCUGCUUUAGACUCACAAGAUUAUGAUCGAAGGUCGCAUGACAACAUUCGGGCCCACAAGAACAGCACAUGGCAUCAUCAUCAUCAUCAUCAUGAUCAUGAUCAACAGCCACAUGCAUCAGAUUUGUCUGAAAAGAAAAAGUCAUGGGGUGGUCCUACAUGGGAUGAUGUGGAAUCAGGUGGUUUUGAUGAAAACAAGAAAACAACAUGGGAAUGGGAUUCUCAUGACAAGAAAAAGUCAUGGGAUGAUGAUGAUGAUGAUGAUGCAUCAAACCCUAAUUUUGAUAACAAAAACAGAUCAUGGAAUGGUCCUUCAUGGGAUGAUGAUGAUCAUGAAAAAACAAAGUCAAAGUCAUGGAAUGGUCCAUCGUGGGAUGAUUUAGGAUUAAACAAAAAAGGUUGUGAGAAAAAUGAUUACUUUUUGCCUAAACAACAUAAUGUGGCCAAUGAUUCUCAUAUAAACAAUGAGAAUAUAGUUUCUGAAGAAGAACCCAACAAACAAAUUCUUACAUCUGUAGAAGAACAAGUUGAGGAAUUAGUUGGAAAUCUAGCUGAGCAAGAACAAGAACAUAUCAACACUGAAAAAGUCGAAAAGGGUAGUAUUGGAAAUGAUGAAAAGUCUACACAACAAUGUAGGGAAAUAGAUACAAAUCGGAGUAGGAGUAGAGAUGAUGAUGGAGAGAAAUCCAGUGGAUAUGGUAAUGAUGUAAGAAGUAAUUCUGGAGGUGAUAAUUUGAAAAAAGAAAGUUGGAGUCAUAGACAAGAUUACUCAAGAUCCAGCAGCCAUAAUAGAAAUUCAAGGAAUCAUUAUGAUGAUGGUGAUGAUGUUAAAGAUGACAGGUGUCAUCAAUCAAAUCGAGUUACUAAAAUCCAAUGCAAGUUUUUUGCUUCAGGUAAUUGCAAGCGUGAUGAUUGUAAAUUUUCUCAUGAUGUUUCAGAUGCACGGAAUUAUGAUCGUGGGUCACAUGACAACCCUCGGGCCCACAAAAAGAUGACAUGGCAUGAUGAUGACUUGAAAGCAUCAGAUUUGUCUGAAAAGAACAAGUCAUCAUGGAAUGGUCCUACAUGGGAUGAUGUGGAAUCAGGCAGUUUUAAGAAAACAACAUGGGAAUCUCAGAAUUGUGACGACAAGAAAAAGUCAACAACACGGGAUGACAUGUCAAACCCUAAUUUGGAUAACAAAAACAGGUCAUGGGAUGAUGUGGAAUCAGGUGGUUUUAAUGAAACCAAGAAAACAACAUGGGAAUCUCAGAAUUGUGAUGACAAGAGAAAGUCAACAACACGGGAUGAUAUGUCAAACGUUAAUUUGGAUAACAAAAACAAAAACAAAAACGGGUCGUGGAAUGAGGUAGAUGCAUCAAAGUCAAAUGCAAAAUCAGGGAAUAAUAUAGAUGAAAAGUCAAAGUCAUGGGUCAAAAAGGAUAAUAAUAGUAAUAAUAAUAAGAUGAGAAAUGAGAAGAAUGAUCACUUUUUGCCUCAACAACAUAAUGUGGUGGUGGAUGAUUCUGAUUUAAAGAAUGAUAAUAUAGUUUCUGAAGAACCGAAUCAACAGAUUCUUACAACAGAGCAAAACCUCACGAAUGCCAUAGAUUACCUUAAGUCACUUCCCAAUUCUACUACACACAAUCAAGAGGGUAAUAUUGGAAACAAGAUUGAAAAUGGGAAGACUCCAAAAAAGAAGCAGGAGGAACCAGUUGGAAAACGAAAUGCUAAGCAAGAAGAAGAACAUGAAAAGGGGAAAGAGGGUAAUAAUGGAAAUGAUGAAAAGUGUAUGCGACAAUUUAGGGCUGCCCUUGUGGAAUUUGUGAAGGAGAUUCUGAAGCCGAAAUGGAAAGAAGGUAGGAUGACAAGAGAGGUUUACAAAAGUGUUGUGAAGAAAGUAAUUGAUAAAAUCACAACUACUAUUCAACAAGUCCAAAUCCCUAAAACACAACCAAAGAUUGAGCUGUAUCUCUCACACUCCAAACCCAAAAUCACCAAGCUUGUGGAGGCAUAUGUUGAAAAACUUGUAAAGGCUUAGCUUAGCUAGCAAAUGCUUGAGAAACGUUUUGGAAUUGGAUGUUGUUUUAUAGGAGUAGCUUCAGAAAUUAAAUAUGCGUGUAUAGCAUACCUGCAAGCAAAAAGUGUUGUUGAUCCUUACAAUUUGUAUUUUGAAUUGUGCUUUUUAGUUUGAUAACCCUCAAGGUUGAAAACAUGUCCUGUGCAACUAACUGCUUUUGUUUUUUAUUGUUUCUAGAAAAAUCUCAAUUUCCGUCAA